AUGGGCAUGUACGACAAGACACCCGUAUACGAACACUUUGAGGAUCACUUCUGGGCACACGAGCCAUGGAAGACCCUCUACGUCCUCCAACGAGUCCUCACCACUAUGCUUCUCGUCCCCGGCUGGGUUCUUUACUAUGGCAUCAUGCCCCGUCGCUACCGUCCUCGUCCUAGCUGGUCUAUCAAACAAAUCAUCAUCGUCAAAUUCAUGAAGCGGGUCUCUCGUGUCGUGGAGGUUGCUGGAGUUACAUGGGGCACACACGACCCGACGGUCGAGCCGGACCCGAAGAGCCUGAAGGAGACGCGCUUCGAAUGGGUGCCCGAGCUCACUGGAGACCUGCGCACGGGUAUCGUCGACGACCCUCACGUGGAGUGCAAGCGCGUGGGCACGUACAUCUGGCCGAAGGAACCCAAGGCGAAUACGCGUAUGCGCGGGAACACGAAAUCGGUGAGGGAGAAGCAGUCAAGCGCGCAGGCACGGCCUGACGCUACCGAUCUCGAGAACGACGCCGUUGACGCACCGCCUCGGCUCGUCGGCAUCUACCUCCACGGCGGAGGAUACUGCCACUACUCGGCUCACGAAUCUUCGGGAACGUCGCGCGUCCCUCGGCGCUUAAUCGAGGACGGUCUAUUCCAGGAAAUUCACGCCGUCGAGUACCGCCUGCUGCAGCAUGCGCCCGUCCCUGCUGCGAUUCAGGACGCGGCCGCCGUGUACGCAAACCUCGUUAUCAACGAACUUGGCGCGAAGAAGGGUCCCGACGGGCGCUACUACCUCCCCGAGUCCAACUGCGUCCCUCGUACGGAAAACCAAGUCGCGAACUUGCCGGAGAACACGCUCAGGCGUGCCGAGGCCCGCGCCCAGGAAACAGGCGAGCGCCCGGAUCCGGUCCCGCUCCCAACGCACCAGGAAGAGAUCUCAUCGACUAUUGCCGCUCCCGCUGGCGCCGCAUCGGCCCCACCACUCGCGAAGACAACGUCCAAGCAUUCCAAACGCCACUCGUUGAGCCUGAGCCGCACAAAGUCGCCGGAGGGUCAUCGCAAGUCGAUCGACAGCGUGCAGCCGAUGUUCUCUGGCAACGAUGCUGUCCCGACCAUUCACGUCAAUUUGGCAAGCGAUGACCAUCUCGCAUCAAGCGGCGAUAGUGAGACGCUCGCACCCCGCUCGACGCCUGGUACACCGUAUCCGGAAGACCGUCUGCCGCGAGGCCGUUCCCGUACGAAGAUCAUACUCAUCGGCGACUCGUCUGGCGGCAACCUGGCACUUGCCCUCGCGCGCUGGAUUCGCGACGAGGCGCUCCUCCCACCACCGGACGGCAUGCUCUUGCUCUCGCCCAGUUGCGACCCCAGCCACACGCUUCCUCAGGUUCCCGCCAGUCGUCGCCCACGCCCACACGAAGCGACAGACUACCUCUUAGACACGCCCGAGCCCCGCGCACUCUUGCAACGCACCUUCCUCGGUCACCACCCACCCGAGUUCGUCUACUCGCCCUACAUCUCCCCGUCGUCCGAGUGGGUCGUGUCUGUCUUUCACGGCACAGAAAACGGCAUGCAGGAUCUCGAGGCUAUUCCCGAUAUCCAAGCCGGCGCCGAUACACGCACCUACCGUGAAGGUCCCGGUGACUGUGCUGCGUGCGAGCAUCUCGCCGCACAACGCCCCAUCGGACCGGCACGUACGAUGAGCACGAACCCAUACAUCACGGAUCCGAGCGGCCAGGGCCUAUUCACGAACUUCCCUCGUGCGCUCAUCACUGUUGGUGACGCCGAGCGUCUUGAGCGCGAAGUCCUCGCACUCGAACGCGCCAUGGAACGCGACGGUGUGCGCGUGCGUAUGGUCUGGGCUAAGGAUGGCUGCCACGACUUGCUCAUCCUGGCGAGUUGGGACGAAAAAGUGCGCGAGGGUAUCUGGGCCGCCAUCCACGAGUGGGUGCGCGAGAUAGAGAAUGAUCCAUAG